GACCGUCUCUCUAGCUUCUCGUUUGCUAGGAUUCAGAUAGACUAAUCUCUAAAACCUUAUUUUUACAUAUUUGAAUCAAAUGGAGGAUGAUCGAAAAGAGAAGAACUCUCCAUGGCUAUCAGUACCACAGUUUGGUGAUUGGGACCAGAAAGGAGGAGGAACUAUUCCUGAUUACUCUAUGGAUUUCACUAAGAUUAGAGAGAUGAGGAAACAGAACAAGAGAGACCCUUCUCGUGCCAGUAUUGGCAACGACGAUGAGCUCGUUAAACCAUCCGAGUCAGCUACAGCAACCGCUAAGCUCACCACGGUCCAUAGUGAAAAACAGCAUCACUUCUCUCCAACCCACCAUCACCAACCACAUUCCCCUUCCACGAGGAGAAGCAUCUUUAGCUGCUUCAACUGUUGCGUUAAGGCUUGAAGAAUUCUUCUCUAGCAAUGGAGCAGUUUUUUUAAAUAUUGACUUCUGUCAUUCCAAUAUGGAAAAUGUAAUGUGAUGAUGACACUUCUAUGUUUCAUAUAUGUUUGAAUCCAUUUCUAAUCUAUUACAUGAAAAAA